AUGAGAAGGCCACCGCUUCUUCCAGGACUCUGCUUUCUUCUGAGCUUGUGUGGAGCUGUGACUCAUGAGCCCAAAGCUACCUGUCCUCGGCGCCCCCUAAAUGCUUCCUGUAUCAAUGGCACUUUCUGUACCUGCAACCUUGGAUAUGUUUCUGAAUCUGGGAAGAAGUUAUUCACAUGCCUUUUGGAGACAUGUAAAGCUAUUGAGACUAAAGUGGUUACAGACAACUGCUCUGAAGAAAGAAAUAUACUCAACUUGAAUGCCCAAAUGAACUCAAUAGACAUCCAUUGCAACGACAUCAUCCAAGGACAUAUACAAGGUCCCAGUGCAGUUGCUCUUAUCUCAUACUCUUCUCUGGGAGAUAUCAUCAACGAAACUUUUUUCGAAGAGACAGAUGAGAAUGACCGAGUUUACCUGAACUCCCAGGUAGUGAGUGCUGCUAUCGGACCCAAAAGGAACACAUCUUCCUCCAAGUCUGUGACUCUGAUUUUCCAACACGUGAAGAUGAAUCCCAAGAGCAGAAAGGCUUUCUGUGUCUACUGGAAGAGCACAGAAGAAGGUGGCCAGUGGUCCAGGGAUGGUUGUUUCCUGAUAGGAGUGAACGAAAGUCACACCGUAUGCAGCUGCACCCACCUGUCCAGUUUCGCUGUCCUCAUGGCCUUCACCAGCCAGGAGGAGGAUCCUGCGCUGACGAUCAUCACCUACGUGGGGCUGGGCCUCUCCCUGCUGUGCCUCCUCCUGGCGGGCCUCACAUUCCUCCUGUGCAAAGCCAUCCACAACACCAGCACCUCCCUGCACCUGCAGCUCUCGCUCUGCCUCUUCCUGGCCCACCUCUUCUUCCUCACUGCAAUCGACCGGACGGAACCCAAGGGGCUGUGCACCAUCAUCGCUGGUGCCUUACACUACCUCUACCUGGCCGCCUUCACCUGGAUGCUGCUGGAAGGUCUGUACCUGUUCCUCACUGCACGAAACCUGACCGUGGUCAACUACUCAAGUGUGAACAGAGUCAUGAAGGGUCUCAUGUUCCCUGUGGGCUAUGGCGUCCCCGCAGUGAUUGUGGCCAUUUCCGCAGCAUUCAGACCUCACCUUUAUGGAACGCCUGAUCGAUGCUGGCUCCACCUGGACCAGGGAUUCAUCUGGGGUUUCCUUGGCCCAGUCUGUGCCAUUUUCUGUGUGAAUUUAGUAUUUUUUCUCUUGGCCCUUUGGAUUUUGAAAAGCAAACUUUCCUCCCUCAACAGUGAAGUGUCAACCAUCCGGAAUACAAGGAUGCUGACAUUUAAAGCGACAGCUCAGCUCCUCAUCUUGGGCUGCACAUGGUGUCUGGGCAUCCUGCAGGUGGGUCCAGCUGCCAAAGUCAUGGCCUAUCUCUUCACCAUCAUCAAUAGCCUUCAGGGCUUCUUCAUUUUCCUGGUCUACUGCCUCCUCAGCCAGCAGGUCCGGAAACAAUACCAAAAGUGGUUUAGAGAGUUCAUGAUAUCGAAACCAGAGUCUGAGACAUAUACACUCUCCAGCAGGUUAUGA